AUGUUGAGGAAGAGUGAAGAUUUCCUCAUGGUGACACCGCUGUGCGGUUUCGUUUCAAGCCGGCUAUGCCAGAGUUUGGCCUUCACUGAACACACUCUCGAGCAGGAGCCUCGAGCCACCUGCACCUUUUCACUGCGAAGUCGCUCUGGCCGCUCCAUCAUCAAUGGGAACUGGGCGAUUGACCGUCCCGGGAGGUACGAGGGUGGAGGUACCAUGUUCAUCUACAAGCGUCCAAACGAGAUUUCCAGCACAGCUGGGGAGUCCUUUCUGGCAGAAGGUCCCACUAACGAGAUCCUGGAUGUCUAUAUGAUACACCAGCACCCGAACCCAGGAGUCCACUACGAGUAUGUGAUCAUGGGGACCAGCGCCAUCAGCCCACAGGUGCCGCCUCACAGGAGACCUGGGGAAUCCUUCAAUGGCCAGCUGGAAACAGAAGACAAGAACCAGGAAGAUGGAGAAGAGAAAGAGAGGAACAGGGAGAAGGAAGACUUGCAUGGGGGGCCACCUGAAAUAUUCACCUCAGAGUCAGCACAGACCUUCCCAGUCAGGCAUCCAGACAGAUUUCCUUCCAACCGACCAGACAACUCGGUGCCACCAGCUCCACAACCCCCAAGGCGAAGCCGGGAUCACAACUGGAAACAGUUGGGGACAACAGAAUGCUCAGCCACCUGUGGGAAAGGAUCGCAGUAUCCUCUUUUCCGCUGUGUGCACAGAAGCACCCACGAAGAGGCUCCUGAGAGCUACUGCGACUCCAGCAUGAAGCCCACCUCGGAGGAGGAGCCUUGCAACCUCUUCCCCUGCCCAGCCUUCUGGGAUAUCGGGGAGUGGUCUGAGUGCAGCAAAACCUGCGGCCUGGGCAUGCAGCACCGCCAGGUCCUGUGCCGCCAGGUAUACGCCAACCGCAGCCUGACGGUGCAGCCCUACCGCUGCCAGCACCUGGAGAAGCCGGAGACCACGAGCACCUGCCAGCUUAAGAUCUGCAGCGAGUGGCAGAUCCGGACUGACUGGACCUCGUGCUCGGUGCCCUGUGGAGUGGGACAGAGGACCCGAGAUGUGAAGUGUGUGAGCAACCUUGGGGACGUGGUUGACGACGAGGAAUGUAACAUGAAGCUCCGACCAAAUGACAUUGAGAACUGUGACAUGGGACCCUGUGCGAAGAGCUGGUUCCUCACUGAGUGGAGUGAGAGGUGCUCGGCGGAGUGUGGGGCUGGGGUGCGGACCCUCGUCGUGUGCAUGACAAACCACGUCAGCAGCCUGCCCCUGGAGGGCUGUGGGAACAACCGGCCAGCGGAGGACACCCCGUGUGACAAUGGGCCCUGCACGGGCAAGGUGGAGUGGUUUGCUGGGAGCUGGAGCCAGUGUUCCAUCGAGUGUGGCAGCGGGGCACAACAGAGGGAGGUGAUCUGUGUGAGGAAGAGCGCAGACACCUUUGAGGUGCUGGACCCCUCGGAGUGCUCCUUCCUGGAGAGACCCCCCAGCCAGCAACCCUGCCACCUCAAGCCUUGUGGAGCCAAGUGGUUUAGCACCGAGUGGAGCAUGUGCUCCAAGAGCUGCCAGGGUGGCUUCCGAGUCCGGGAAGUGAGGUGUCUGUCAGAUGACAUGACCCUGAGUCAUCUCUGUGACCCUCAGCUGAAACCGGAAGAGAGAGAGUCUUGUAACCCUCAGGACUGUGUCCCUGAAGUUGACGAACACUGCAAGGACAAGUUCUACAACUGCAACGUCGUGGUGCAGGCACGCCUCUGUGUCUACACCUACUACAAGACGGCCUGCUGCGCCUCCUGCACCCGGGUGGCCAGCAGGCACACGGGCUUCCUGGGGAGCCGAUAACUAACGCCAGCCUGGUCGGUAGGGCACCUGCCCCCGGGGGACUGGAAGCAGUGUGCCUGGCUGACUGCUGCCCCACCAGGGGGACCCAGGCCCAGCCUGCCA